AUGGUUGGAGCCUUGAAACAAGAGGCUCUCCGUAGCAACACCGGCCCUGAUGGACGGCCACUGUCGGCACAAGAACGCGAACGAUUGCUGCAGCCCUAUCUGCCCGAUGCUUCACCUCGCAACCCCCAGCGAACGCAACCGCUGCGCCAGCUGAUCAAGGCGGGCCUGCACCUCUUGCUGUACAACCUCAUCCAUUUCGCCUUCUCCGUCUACCACCGCUUUCGCGUCGCAUACCACAACCUGAUCGACCGCGUCUUUGCCGUCCUGUACUACCACCACCGUACCCCAGAGUACAUCCAGAAGGAUGUCCACCGCCUGAAGAAGCUGCCCAAGCACCUGUCCGUCAUCCUCGAGCUGGACGACAGCACACGCGACAACUCGAGCCUGGAAGCCCUGAUCCACGAUGUCUGCGAGGUCGCUGCGUGGUCCGCCUGCGCAGGCCUCCUCAAGCAGUCCCUGCCACUCGUACACCGCCGCAUCUCGCGUACCUUGGCUGCUUAUUUCGGUCAUGACAACCCAAACAAGCCAACCCUUUCGCUGGGCGCUCCUCACAUGCAAUCUUUCUCGCCGCCUGCCUCGCCCAAAUCAACCCUCGAUGCCAACUCUUCGAAGUCGCCUCCCCAUCUCUCCAUCCUGCUUUUGUCAGCCUCUGACGGCCGUGGUACCCUCGUUGAUUUGACAAAGACGUUGGCUGAGAUGAGCCAGAAGNGAAAACUUGCUCCCAAGGAUAUUUCUACGGACUUGGUCGAUGCCGAGCUCACCGAGAGCGUCAUGGGCGAGCCUGACCUACUAAUGCUGUUCGCUGAUGGUGUCCAUCUGAAAGGAUACCCUCCGUGGCAGUUAAGGCUCACCGAGAUUUUAUCUUUUCACAUCUGGACUCACAAGUCUCUCGUCAUCUCUCUGACUCCAUCAGAUACGCUAUGCUUCCUCCUGCACGGGCUAAGCCAACAACAAAAGGACGCGCUAUGCAAGGUACAACUCCCUAGGUUCUUACUCAGCUGGUCAUUUCCCGUCAACUCGGACAUCUGGCUAGUCGCUGGCAAGGAAAAGACCGAGAGUUGGUACGAAGAUGCCAAGGACCCCGAGAAGGAUGUCCAAGGCAAGAGGUUCCAAGCACUGGUUGGCAUGUUGGCUCAAGUGCCUCUUUCUUCUGCGCAGCUGGUUCUCUUGGAACAGUUCUCUAUCGGCUGA